AUGAUUCAUGGUUCAGAAGAAAAUAUAAAAGGAAAUGCAGAAAUUAUAUCAGUUGAUGACAAAUCAGUAACUAAUGAAAACAAUUUUGAAAAAAAAAAUAUAAAUGACUGUGUAAUUAACGAAGAAAUCAUAAUCUCAGAUGAUUCCAAAAAUACGGAAUAUUCAUCCGUGCAAUCGGAUUAUGAAAAAGAAAUAUUAAAUGAGUUUUAUGAUUUAAAUGAAGGAAAAAAUGAAGAAGUUAUAAGUAUAAAUUCAAAUUUAAUGGGUAUACUUGAAGACAUUUGUUCACAGUCUUCAGAAGAAGACGAAGAAAAAGAAAAAGAAAAUUUGGAAGAAAAUGAAGAUCAAAUUUCUCAUUUAGGAAUAGAGACGGAACAUAAUUACAGUGGUGACAACAUCAGUAGCAGUCACACAGAUAUGAGUACUAAAGGUUAUAACACAAAUAAUGAUGCAAAUAAUGAUGCAAAUAAUGAUGCAAAUAAUGAUGCAAAUAAUGAUGCAAGUAAUAAUGCAAAUAAUGAUGCAAAUAAUGAUGCAAAUAAUGAUGCAAAUAUUAAUUAUAACAGUAAUAAUUAUAACAAUAAUAAUUAUAAUGAUGAUAAUAAUAAUAAGUGGAAUAACACAAGUUUGUAUAUUAACAGUAGCAGUAAUUGUGAUAAUAAUAAUAAUAAUGGCAGUGAUGAUAUAAAUGAUAGUAAGGAAGAUGAUGUUAUAUAUGUCAUAUGCAAUAUAUGUUCAGAUGUAAUGGACGAAUCAAUUUUUGAAGAUCAUUUAUAUGCCCACACACUAGAUUGCCAAUCAGAGAAUCAAGUAAAUGAUACAUAUAAAAACGAAAUGAAUUUAAAUAAUGACAUUUCUAAUAAUUCUGGAUCAAGCACAAACAUACAAAAUAUAUGUGAACAGAGGCGUCCCUUCAGUGAUGCACAUCGUGCACAUAAUAAUUCGGAUGUGAUGUUGUAUAAUAAUAUUAAUAAUAAUAUUAAUAAUAAUAUUAAUAAUAAUAUUAAUAAUAAUAUUAAUAAUAAUAUUAAUAAUAAUAUUAAUAAUAAUAACAAUAACAAUAAUAAUAAUAAUUAUAAUAAUAAUAAUAAUAAUAAUAAUAAUAAUAAUAAUAAUAACAAUAAUAACAAUAAUAAUAAUAAUAAUAAUAAUAGUAAUUAUAAUAAUAAUGAUGAUGACGAUGUAGAAGAAGAUAAUUUUUUUAAUAUGAUUUAUAACUACAAUUUAAAUCUUAAUAAUUUUAGAAGCAAUUCGUUAGUUAUUAAUAAAAAAGAAAAUAAUAUGGAAAUUUGUAGUUCCAUGCAAAGAAAUGAUAAUUUCCUAAAUACAUUACAAAAUACCACAAAUUCAAAAAAUACUAUUGAAACAAGCGCAACAAGAAAUGAGAUAAGAUACACUCCAUUGACUAAUAAUGAUGUUGAAAAUGUAAACAGGAAUGUAAUGAGAAAUAGAAGGAAUUUAUUUAAUAUAUCAGGGGAAAAAAGUUGUAUUGAUGAUACGUAUUUAUCUAUUAUAAGAGAAUCAAUUUCUACUAUUUUAUAUAACGGAGAUACCGCAUUAUCAGUAAGAUGUGAUACCAUGAACAGUAAUGUAGAUAAUAAUGAUAACAGUAAUAAUAAUCAAAAUGAAGGAAAAUAUAGUAGCAUUGUUAAUAAUAUAAAUACAAUGAUGAAUUGCAUACAGACUAGUGUAAAUAAGGUUAGAGAGAAAUCCAUGAGUACUAUUAAUAAUAUAAACAGAGACAUAGGCAAUUAUGUAAAUAGAAAUAUGAGCAGUGUAUUGAGGGAUAUAAAUGAAUUAACAAGGAAAAAUACAAUAAAUAAAAAUAUUAACUUUGUUGAUAAGGUAUUAUUGUAUAAAAAAUUAAAUAAAAUAUAUAAAAAUUUGCAUAAUAUAGAUAAAAAAAUUAAUACUGCAUUAGAAAAGUGUAUUCGUGAUUUAGGAAGUAACAACAGUAACAGUAGUAGUAAUCGUAAUAACAAUAGCAAUAAUAAUAAUAGCAGUAAUAACAACAACAAUAACAACAAUAACAACAAUAAUAAUAACAAUAAUAACAAUAAUAAUAACAGUUAUAACAGUAAUAAUAGUAAUAACAAUAGUAGUAGUGCUAGUAACAGUAGAAACUACUGUGGCAUUAAUAACGGCGGAAGUACUCAUAACAGAAGUGAUAACAGUAGUAGUUACGGCGAAUAUAGAAAUUGGAAUUAUAGGGAAAACAAUACAUUUAGGACUAGAGAAAAUAAUAGUUACAAUAUACAUAUACCAUCAGAUAACAUUAGUAGAACAACAGGUUCAAUGGCAUAUAACGGAAACUAUAAUUCUAGUUUUUAUAAUAACAACACUAUUUCACGUGAAAAUUUUUCCACAGCUUCAUCAGACAGAUCUACCUCAUAUUAUUCAACAAGACCUUAUGAACAAAAUGCUUGUAACAUAACAGGGAGUGUUAAUGAUGUAAAUUAUUUAUAUUCUAAUCUAGUUAAUAGAUAUCCUACAAUUUGUGAAAACGUUUCAUUUUCUCACUUCGACAAUAGCCCUAACAAUAUCUGGCCAUUAAGAAGAGUAACAAACAACACUGUUGGCACAAUCAAUAGUAGUAUAAGAAAUUCAAUGCAGAAUAGAGAAACAAAUAACUUAAAUAUGAAUAUUAAUAGUUUUAGCUAUUCCAACAUAAACAAUAAUGAUAGUGCUAGUAUUUUUUCAAGAAAUCAUGUGAGCAAUGUCUAUAAUAACGUAAAUAGAAGCAUUAGAUACAAUUUAAUUAAUAAUACAGUAACAGUUGAAACUUUUUACCCAGACGCAGAAAAUCAUUCGUUAUUUCUAGGAAAUAGAUACAAUGGAAACAGUAGAGUAGACAGGACGAAUAAUAAUAUUAUUAAUACCAAUACUAAUAUGAAUAAUAACAAUAUUACUACUCUUAAUAUAAAUGACAAUAAUAACGGAGUCACUAGUAUAAGUACGACUAGAAUUACUAAUGGGGGUAAUAAUAAUAGAACUGCACUUACUAUUAACAGAAAUAAUAACAGCGGUAGUAGUAGUAGUAGUAGUAAUGGUAGAAGCACCAUUUUAACUUCUAAUGGGGAAAACCGUAUUACAAGUACGCAUACUAUUAACAGAUGUAAUAAUACUACUAGAGUUAUAUCCAAUGGAAGAAUUAUUUCUAAUAGACGCAAUAACAAUGCAACAGCUAGUUAUAGCUAUGUAAGUAACAGUUCGAAUGGUGAUGAUUUUAAUAACAGCAACACAGAAAUAGUAUCGCAGAAUAUUUUAGGUGCAAAUUUAAUAUUUGAAGAAACAUUAACAAGCAACAACGAUAUUGCUAAUGGAAAUAUAAAUUCAUACAGAAGAGUAAACAAUAAUAAUUUUUUUAUCAAUGAAAUAGUAGAAGAGGAAAAUACAAAUGAGAAUUUAGGUACAUCUCCAAUGUUAGAGGAGAAUAAUGAUUAUUUAAUUGUUCAUUUUGAUAUAAAAAAAAAUAAGAAUAAUAACUUGAAAAUAUGUUCAAUUUGUUAUGAAAAUUAUCAACAUAAUGAACCGCUUAUAUUUUUGCCUUGUACUCAUAAUUUCCACAAAUCGUGUAUAAUUGAAUGGAUUAAUAAAAAACCUAUAUGUCCUAUUUGUAAAAUUAACAUUAAGAAUUUUUAA